AUGGCCUGGCCGAUACGCCGCCGAUGGGCUGGUAUCAAGUCACUGACGUCCGUCUGCCAGAACAACUGGAACGCCUUCGCGUGCGACGUCUCCGAGGACCUCCUCCUGAGCACAUCGGAGCGCGUCGUUAGCCUGGGCCUGCGUGACCUGGGCUACAACCACGUCGUGCUGGACGACUGCUGGCAGGAUGUCAACGGCCGCGAUGCCCAGGGCAAGCUGCAGCCGAACCUCGACAAGUUCCCCAACGGCCUGAACCACGUCUCGGACCACCUCCACAGCCUGGGGUUGAAGUACGGCAUGUACUCCAGCGCCGGCGAGAUGACGUGCGCGAGAUUUGCCGGCUCGCUCGACCAUGAAAAGGACGACGCCCAGAGCUUCGCAUCUUGGGGCGUUGACUUCCUCAAGUACGACAACUGCUACCACAUGGGCCGCAUGGGCACGCCCCAGAUCUCCUUCAACCGCUUCAAGGUCAUGGCCGACGCCCUCAACGCGACGGGGCGGCCCAUCGCCCUGAGUCUCUGCAACUGGGGCGAAGACUACGUCCAUACCUGGGGAAUGUCCCUCUCCAACGCCUGGCGUAUGUCGGGCGACAUCUACGACUCCUUCACCCGGCCCGACGACCUCUGCAGCUGCUCCUCGGCCGCUGACCCCUUCUGCAUCGCCCCGGGCACCCACUGCUCCGUCCUCUUCAUCCUCAACCGCGUCGCCACAUUCGCCGACCGCAGCAUCCCCGGCGGCUGGAACGACCUCGACAUGCUCGAGGUCGGCCAGGGCGGCAUGACGGACGAGGAGUACAAGGCGCACUUCGCCCUCUGGGCCGCCCUCAAGUCGCCCCUGAUGCUCGGCAACGACCUGCGCUCCAUGCCCGCCGACGCCCUGAGCAUCGUCAACAACCCGGCCAUCAUCGCCCUCAGCCAGGACCCGCACGGCCGCAGCGCCCUGCGCGUCCGGAGGGACGUCGGCGGCGCCCUGAUCCCGGACGAGCACGGCGUCGCCGAGGCCCAGGUGUGGAGCGGCCGUCUCGAGAACGGCGACCAGGUCGUCAUCUUCCUCAACGCCGCCGGCGCCGACCUCGACAUGGAGUCGUCGCUCGCCGAGAUCUUCGUCUCUGACGGCCCCGGCGGUUCCGCGCCCCAGGUCAAGUCCGCCUGGGCCGUCCACGACCUCUGGGCCGACCGCAUGUCCACCCAGACGGCCGAGUCGCUUUUCGCCGCCGAGAGCCACGACGCGCGGGCCAAGAUCCUCAACGAGGCCAACUGGUACAACGCCACCGAGAUCCCCUAUGCCGUCGGCCUCGAGAGAGAGGACCCGAGGCUCUUUGGCAAGAAGGUCGGCGAGGUCGCGGCCAAGGGUGUCCUGAAGGCCAAGGUCCCUAGCCACGCGGCCAAGGUCUUCCGUCUGAGGAGGAUCGCGACGCCCGGCGACGGCUUCAAGGCCAAGAGCCAUGACCGCACGCAGAGGACCGUCAAGGAGGAGCUGUAA